GAGCUCUUCAUUUCUUCGACUGCUCUUCCUCUCUCGCCUCCUUGCUCCGGUUCUCUCUACUGCAACUCUCUCUUCUCCUCUGCGUUUGGAAAGCGGAGGAAGUCGAAGGGGGAAGCCCGGCCUCGACAUCUUCUUUGCUUUUCCUCGAAGAAAGAACUUUAGAAAAUGGCUGAGGCCGAGGAUAUCCAACCUCUUGUAUGUGACAAUGGUACCGGAAUGGUCAAGGCCGGAUUUGCUGGUGAUGAUGCACCUAGGGCAGUAUUUCCCAGCAUUGUAGGCCGACCUCGUCACACUGGUGUCAUGGUGGGCAUGGGCCAAAAGGAUGCAUAUGUUGGUGAUGAGGCCCAGUCUAAAAGGGGUAUCCUCACCUUGAAAUACCCCAUUGAGCAUGGUAUUGUUACUAACUGGGAUGACAUGGAGAAGAUCUGGCAUCACACUUUCUACAAUGAGCUCCGUGUGGCCCCCGAGGAGCACCCUGUGCUUCUCACUGAAGCUCCUCUCAACCCCAAGGCGAACAGAGAGAAGAUGACCCAAAUCAUGUUUGAAACAUUCAAUGUACCAGCCAUGUAUGUCGCAAUCCAGGCUGUUCUUUCGCUAUACGCCAGUGGUCGUACGACUGGUAUUGUGCUCGACUCUGGUGAUGGCGUGACACACACUGUCCCAAUUUAUGAGGGCUUUGCCCUUCCUCAUGCCAUCCUUCGUUUGGAUCUUGCUGGCCGUGAUCUCACUGAUGCCUUGAUGAAGAUCCUUACUGAGAGAGGCUAUUCUUUCACCACUACUGCAGAACGUGAAAUUGUUAGGGACAUAAAGGAGAAGCUUGGUUAUGUUGCCCUCGAUUACGAGCAGGAGUUAGAGACUGCCAAGAGCAGCUCUACUGUGGAAAAGAGUUAUGAGCUGCCUGAUGGGCAGGUCAUCACCAUUGGUGCGGAGAGGUUCAGGUGCCCAGAGGUUCUCUUCCAGCCAUCCCUGAUUGGUAUGGAAGCUGCUGGAAUCCAUGAAACCACCUACAAUUCCAUCAUGAAGUGCGACGUGGAUAUCAGGAAGGACUUGUAUGGUAACAUCGUGCUCAGUGGAGGAUCAACCAUGUUCCCUGGUAUUGCUGAUCGGAUGAGCAAGGAAAUAUCGGCCCUUGCUCCAAGCAGCAUGAAGAUCAAAGUUGUUGCUCCACCUGAACGGAAGUAUUCCGUUUGGAUUGGUGGUUCCAUCCUUGCAUCCCUCAGCACCUUCCAGCAGAUGUGGAUUUCAAAGGAAGAGUAUGAUGAAUGCGGUCCCGCAAUCGUGCACAGGAAGUGCUUCUGAGUUCCAGGUUUGAUUAGUCAUUUCCAGGCAAUUUUCGAGUCCCAGGUCAUAUAGGAUUGCUGGGUUGAGAUGUGGCUUUACUAGUAAUAUGGCAGUAUUUUCUCGAGUCGUGUGUGAAUUUUGCCAGCCAUUUGUGGAGUGAAGAAGGUUUUUUUUUUUUUUUUCAAAAAAAAAAGAAGAGAAGGAAGAGCAGUCUCUCUCUCUUCUUAUCCGCGUCAGCUAUAUGGUAGAUUAUAAAGUCUGGUAGUUUUUCUUGAAUUUUCUCUUGGUUCAUGGAUUAGUAAUAGCAGUUGGAAUGUUGUUUGUUUUAUUUGAUUUGUUGGUACUAUACUGUAUGAGAAAAUUUGAUUUUGUCUCAGCUCGAGACGGAUAAACUUCAUCUUGUAUAUUUACAGUCGUGCUUGCUAGUCAUUUCUUAUUACCUUGUUA